AUGUCAACCACGCUUGGGGCCUUCAUAGCGGGCGGCAUCGCAGCUUGCGGCGCCGUGACUGCCACACAUCCUUUUGAGACGGUCAAGAUUCGCAUGCAGCUGCAGGGCGAGCUUCGAGACAAGGGACAUCAGCCUCACUUCUACCGCGGCCCCUUCCAUGGCGUUUCCGUCAUCGUUCGAAACGAGGGCUUGGGUGGCAUCUACCGAGGCAUUAGCUGCGCCUAUGUCUACCAGAUCCUGCUCAACGGCUGCCGCUUGGGCUUCUACGAGCCAAUGCGCCAGACCCUGACAGGCCUCUUCUAUAAAGACAAGAAUCAGCAGAGCUUGGGCAUAAACAUCUUUUGUGGUGCCUCCUCCGGUAUCAUCGGUGCCGCUGCUGGUAGCCCCUUCUUCUUGGUCAAGACAAGAUUGCAGAGUUAUUCACCGUUUCUACCAGUGGGGACACAGCACGAGUACAGGAACGCUGUGGAUGGCAUGCGACAGAUAUACGGCGCGGAAGGAUUCAAGGGCAUGUACCGAGGAGUGGGGGCUGCUAUGAUCAGGACCGGCUUCGGCAGCUCUGUGCAGCUUCCGACGUACUUUUUUGCCAAGAGGCGCCUUGUCAGGCACUUGGGCAUGGAGGAAGGGCCAGCGCUUCAUCUCGCAAGCAGCACGGUUAGCGGUUUUGUUGUCUGCUGCGUCAUGCACCCGCCAGACACCAUCAUGUCUCGCAUGUACAACCAGACUGGAAACCUUUACAGUGGCAUUCUUGAUUGCUUUGCAAAGACGGUCAAGACCGAAGGUGUUUUUGCCAUCUACAAGGGGUUUCUGCCACAUCUCGCCCGUAUUCUCCCACAUACAAUUCUCACACUGAGCUUGGCCGAACAAACAAACAAGCUGAUGAGGAAGUUAGAAGACCGGAUUUUGCCAACCGAGGCUUUGUAA